GUUUGCUCUCUCUCUCUCGCUCUUCUCUUUUGGCUCCUCUACUGUUUAUUUGUACAAGACGUUUUUGUUUGAUCUUCUUGCGUAACUCCAAGCUCAACUAUCUCUCUCUCUUCAAUUCGCACUCUUUAGAUUGGAAACAAUGGGUGCAACAACAUCUAGAAUAGAUGAAGAUAAGGCCUUACAGUUAUGUCGAGAAAGAAAAAAAUUCGUCCAGCAAGCACUAGAUGGAAGAUGUUUGUUAGCAGCUGCUCACGUUUCAUACGUCCAGUCUCUUAGGAGUACUGGAACCGCCCUCAGGAAAUUUGCAGAGACUGAAGUUCCAGUUGAGUCUUCCUUGUACACGUCCACUAGUGCAACACCAGAACAAGCUCUUGCUUUAACCGAGAAAUCAGGAUCUCAUUUGUCUCACUCUCCUCCCCACAAUGACUUAUCUUCUCCUUCUCCUCCUAGUUCCAGUCCGUUCCAGGUCAAUCAUAUGAAAUUCAGAGGGUUUUCUUCAAAAAAAGUGGAAGAGAAACCACCGGUUUCUAUUGUCGCUACUGUUACCUCGUCUAGUAUCCCACAGAGCAGCAGAUCUAUGGAAAAGGUGGAAUCAAUCCCAUUUGAAGAAUCUUCUUCCAUGCCAUCUGAAACAGUUACACCACCUCCUUGGGAUUAUUUUGGUCUUUCUCAUCCAAUUGACAACCAGUUUUCGUCUCCUCAUGUGUCAAGAUCUGUCAAGGGAGAAGAUGAAGAAACUACAGAGGUGGAGGAAGAUGGUGACAACUUUUCUUUUCAAGAAAGGGAAGAGUCCAGAGAUUCUGAUGAUGAUGAGUUUGAUGAUGAGCCCACAAGUGAUACACUUGUAAGAAGCUUUCAAAACUUCAAUAGAGUGCGUCGUGAUCACAGUGACCUGCCUAUAAGAGAGGAAGUCGAAAGCGACGCAGAGGAAAGCAAAACUCCCGAGUUAUCACCACCAGUGACGCCAAUAGCAGCUGCUACUCCAGUGAACAAAACACCAAUUAAGGGAGAUCACACCGAGAACAAGCUUCCUCCAAGGGACUUCUUGUCAAGCAUGAAAGAGAUAGAGUUGCUCUUUGUUAAAGCUUCAGAAACUGGAAAAGAGGUUCCUAGGAUGCUUGAAGCCAACAAAUUGCAUUUCCGUCCGAUAGUUCCAUCAAAAGAAAGUGGCACCGGUGCAUCAUCACUGUUCAAAACCUGUUUGUCUUGUGGGGACGACCCCAAAGAUGUACCAGAAGAGCCGGCUCAUGACUCGGUGAAAUACUUGACCUGGCAUAGGACUGAAUCAUCUCGAUCCUCAUCUUCUAUGAAUCCUCUGGGAGGAAUGAAUAGUGAUGAUGUGGAAGAGCUCAAUAGCAAUCUGUUUGAAAACAUUUGCAUGAUUGCUGGAAGCCAUGCCUCGACCCUCGACAGACUUUAUGCAUGGGAGCGGAAGCUCUAUGAUGAAGUGAAGGGGAGUCAAACUGUGCGGAGAGAGUAUGACGAAAAGUGCAGAGUUUUAAGAGAACUUGAAUCAGAAGGUAAAGGUUCAAAAAUAAUAGACAAGACACGGGCAGUUGUCAAGGACCUUCACUCCAGAAUCAGAGUGGCUAUUCAUAGGAUCGACUCAAUAUCAAGACGGAUUGAAGAGCUCCGUGACAAAGAGCUCCAGCCUCAACUUGAAGAACUCAUUGAAGGGUUGAGUCGAAUGUGGGAAGUGAUGUUUGAAUGCCACAAGGCUCAGUUUAGGUUAAUAUCAGCGUGUCACAGAAGCGGAAACAUGAAACUCAACAUGCAGUCGGAGUUGCACAGACAAGUGACAUCUCACCUAGAAGAUGAACUCCGGGCGUUGGCCUCAAGCUUCACAAAGUGGAUCGCAGGCCAGAAAUCAUAUAUUAAACCAAUAAAUGAAUGGCUUGAGAAAUGUUUCGCCUUACCACAAAGAUCUUCCAGACGUAAAAGGCGCGUGCCAGAAUAUUCUCCCAGAAACUAUGGUCCUCCCAUUUACGCAACAUGUGGCAUCUGGCUAGAUAAGCUCGAAGCUUUGCCUACCAAAGAGGUUUCCAGCUCCAUCAAAGCGCUUGCUUCUGAUGUCGCCAGGUUCUUGCCACGGCAGGAGAAGAAUCGAAACAGGAAACAUCGUUCUGGCGAGAACCAUAACGAUCACAUGUUGCAAGAUGAGACAUUGGAAGAUUGUGGUCCGGGAUUUGAUCGCUUUAGGACAAGCUUGGAAGGAUUUGCUGGCCAACUCAAUCAGUUUGCAGAAUUGUCAGUGAAAAUGUAUGACGAACUUAAGCAGGGAAUCCAAGAAGCCAAGAACAAGUACGAGCAAAUGAAGGCUUAUUCCCAGGGUAACUAAGAUUUUUUGUUUGUUUUUUUACUUCGGAAAAAGUGGAAUCAGUGGCAAAGUCGAAGUUUUGAAGGGAACGUUGGAAGAUGGUAAGCAUUUGUAUAUGCAAAAGAGAGAUUAUAAAAAGUUUGCUUCGAGCAUGAAUGUGGAAGAUGAUUUGUUAUAAUAGUUUGUGCCUUUUAUGGGAAUAUCAAAAUAAAUUUAGUCGCCGCAUAACAUACGAGUAUUUCUGGUUUUGGGGUCUACAUUUCUAAAAGCUUUCUUAACAAGCAUAGUAGGUGUUGACGUGCGCCUUACAUGGGGUGAGAUGACUUUGACGUGGGAUAAGAUGACUUUGACUUUAAUCUGAUGUAUUAAUUUGUUUAAUUAAAGAAUAUACAGUGGAUGUGAAUCAG